CUAACACUAAGCAGCUAACCACAUAGCUAGCGGUCAGUCUGAGCGUGUAAUAGGACGAAAAACAAGUAAAUGAACCCCUGAAGAGCUUAACGAUAACAACAUAAUUCCAGACAUAUUUAUAUUUAAACAUAAAAACAUUUUCUUUACCAGACGUUGGCGUUUGAACUGUAGCUAGCAGGGUUGCUAGCAAACAGACGACUGGGUUGAACGCAAGGGCUCUGAUUGAUCAGUUUGUGUCACGUGAUUUUGGUGUGGCUUUUCAUUGGUAGGACCGCUGCCAGUGUAUUUUUAGUGUACUUAGUGUAUACUGUUCAAACAAUCUUAUUAACAUUAUUCUGCAACUAUAUAACGGAGCAUUUUCUAUUGGGAAACUGAAGGUCACAUGAUUUUGAUUCGUUAUUUUCAUUGGCUAGAAGGCUUUAUUUGUAUGUUACAUGUAAUAUAUAAUGUAUUUAAAAUAAUUUCUCACCUGCUGCACCAAAAAUAUACUUUCUGGCAGCAGUAAUAAAUUCUAAAUUAACGCAGGACACAUGAAGAACAUAAAAUACAGUGAUACAAAAAGAUUAAAUUGAAUAAUUAAAUAAUAAAAUUCGAAAUUAACUUUUUCCCAGUGGUUGUCUUGCAGGCUUUCCUACCGUCUCAAAAUAUAAGCAUCAGUUUUCCUUAAGCUGUUUUGCCUUUUCCCAAAAGACAACCCUCAUGUUGUGCUGUGAAAUAAUGAGAGUCAUGCGGAGGCACUAUUUGCAACAGGGGCCUUGGGGGAAAACAUCUGUCUUUUUCACCAGGGAGCGUCUGCUUUGACACUCAGCAUUGUCGCCCACCAGCCCUGAGAAGACGGAAUACUGUGUCUUCUAGUUCUGCCAAACUAACAAUAAGGCCUCUCUGUCACCAUGACAACCACCCCCAAAACAUCUUCAGUGAUGAUCAGCGUUGCGGCAUGUCUACUUGUGGUUUCCAUGAGUCCCGGUCCACUGUCAGCUCAUUUCGGCACGACCCCCAACAUCAAGCACAUCGUGGUGGGACGCUGUUUCAGUUACAUCACACUCGUCAACCCCGGCGUUAGGUAUGACUGUGAGGAGAUCUGGCGACAGUUUGAGGAGGCGGUGGUGCAGCAGGCGUCCUGCGGCGUUGCCGUGGAGGACUACCGACACAUGUUCCAAGCCAUACCGCAAACUUGGGCCUGCGACCGGUUCCUUUUCUGGAGUAAGACCAGAACACUCAUACACGACUAUGCAGCGGUGAUGCGGCGGUUUUGGACACUGGAGGACACGCUGGUUGGUUACAUGUUCAACGAUCUCAUUUGGUGUGGUCAACAGGAAGAAUGGGAUUUCGAUUUUGGCUCCUGUCCUCAGUGGUCGGCGUGUAUAGAUCAUCCCGUGUACUCUCUUUGGAGGCAAGCUUCAAAAAAUUUUGCAGAAAUGGCUUGUGGGAACAUCACCGUCUUACUCAAUGGAUCCAUUGAGAACGCCUUCAACAGGAACAGCAUGUUUGGAAGUGUGGAGUUGGAUGGUCUGAAUCCACACAGGGUCAACUAUGUCAACAUCAAGGUGGUGGCCAACCUGGACGGACCAUUUAUAGAAUCCUGUGAUCGAGGUUCCAUUGUGGACCUGAUCCACAUACUCCGCUUCAGAGGUUUUCGCUGGACCUGCUCGGACAACGACCAGAUCCUGAUGAUCCUGCAGUGCGUCCAGAACCCGGAACACUCAUCCUGCAGGAUGUGCGCGGAUAGCCUGUCACACAGAAAUACGACAUUCCGAUGAGUUUUUUUGUUAUCCAAACUCACCCGUGCUUGGUUAGUUUCCAAGAUUACGCAAAAACUACUUCACCA